AUGUGGCUCUUUGCGCCCGACAAGCUGGUGUUGGCCAGUGCCAUUCUAGGGCUACCAUUUUUAGCAGCAGGGCGUGCUGUGGUUGAUCCCUCUGGCCUUAAUGUCCUGUGUGAUAAUGGUCAUUGCCCUAAGAGUAUUCUACCUCGUGGACCACCAAUCUUCCAUAUUCCCAAGCCUGGUCCAAAGCCAGGUGCGAAAGCAGGUGGAAAUUCUGGUAGUAAACCAGGAGGAAAGCCGGGUAAUAAGGGCCCUGGCUCUGGAGGCAAUGAUAUUGAGCCACUUGGAGCCGGCAAGGGUUUAGGAGAAGCCCAUGCUUUGGGGUUUUACAAAGACAAAGCCACUGAAAGACUUGACAAGCUCCGGGGAGCAAUUGACAGCAAUGAGCCUGAUACUAUUGUUGUGAAGAAGGUAGAAGAUGUCCAGCCCCAAAAGGCUUUUUUUGAUAUCUUCUCUGCGGAGGGGUAUGUCCCGUCUCUUUCCUACGAAAAGAAAGGGAAAUACUUUAAAGAGCUCGUUCACCUACUGAAAAAAGAAGAUACUGGGUUUGACUAUACGGAGUACACUCCCUUAGUAGAAUACACUAUUCGAUCGAAGAAUCAAGGAAGCGUGAUUAACGAUGCUGCGUUUAGCAGAGAUGGCGAAUUCAUAAUUGCGAGUUCAGCUUUCAAGGAAAACAUCCCAUACCCAAAGGGUGAUCCUAAAAGGGUCCCCAAUAAUGAGAUCACCUGGCAAUGCUUUGAGAAGGCUACGAAAAAUCCUAAGAACCUCAAAGGCUUGAUAUUAAGGGACAUCCAGGCCAAGGGAACGUGGAAAAUUCUACACCACGCUUAUGAAAAAAUGGGUUUCCCCCUCGACAAGAAAGCCGUAUGGAAGCCUGAUCCAAAAGACCCCGUGAUGGAUGACCUGUUUAAAACAAUCGUGGGGAGCGAUAAUAUUUCUGGAAAACUUCUUAUCCUCCAAAACCACCACCAAGCCCUAGGAAACAAGGAAGUUACCAAGGUCAUCACCUGGACCAAAAAGGUUGAAGGGUCCAACAGCAAACUUACGAUGUUCGUUGGCCUCUCGGAUAAAAAGUAA